CAUUAGAUCAGUCUUACAUACCGAAUCUCAUAACUACCACACAUCAAAAACACUAGCCUUCCCAUCAUCAACGCACGAUACAAAUUGCACUAUCAAUAACAACAUCAAACAAUCAACAUGGACACCAUCAAGAAGAAGAUCAACAAGGGCUUGGACAAGGCCACCGGCGUUAACAACGAGCCCCAAGUCCUCAACAAGUCCUCCCAAUCCCACGCCCUCAACAUCACCGGCAUCAAAGACCACCAAUCCUCCCCCCUGACGAGCGGCCUCGAGAAGCCGCAAGACCCCAGCAAAGGCUUGGGUGCCGUGGGAACGGGAAUGACUGCUACGGGGGUUAGCACUGGUACGAACCCGAACCCUGCUGCUGCGCGCCAGUAAAUUGUAAAUGCGUUGCUGUUGCUGUUGCUGUUGCU